AUGGCGGUGGGCAUAUCGCGGGCCAAGUGCCUGAUGAUGCUCUUCGCGUUGGCCUCCAUUGCUGUUCUCCAAGUUUAUGCGCGGGGUACGCACGAGAAGUACGGGAUGGAAAGGAAAGCGAGUCCUUCGGACAUGAGCUUGGAGGAGCUGGAUGGGUUGUUGCAGGAUUGCCCAGUAGUCCAAGCCCUCUCCGCCGAAAAGGUCAUCGCGCACGCGCACCAGUCCUCCUCCGCCACCGAGCGCCUCUUUGCCAUCCUCUUCCCCGGCUCCCCCGCCGUCAACGCCAUCCUCGCGACCCUGUACAUCUCGGGCCCGCCCAACUUUCUGCUGGCGCUGUGCCCGACCAACAUCGACCCGUCUUCGCUGUCUGUCAUGGUUGCCUUUGCCGUGGGCGGCCUGCUAGGCGAUACCCUGUUCCAUCUGCUUCCUGAGAUCUUCAUUGGCGAGGAUAGCCACGAGAGCGCAAAGUUUGUGCUAGUAGAACCAAACAGGAACUUGCUGCUGGGCCUUGCGAUCUUGGUUGGGUUCAUGACUUUUGUGGCUAUGGAUAAGGGCUUGAGGAUCGCCACGGGCGGGGAAGGAGGGCAUGAUCAUUCUCAUGGACAUUCCCAUGGUGGUCAUUCGCAUGAGCACGGCGCAGCGACUGGUGUUGACGUGGCCAAGAAGGGCGAUGCGAAGAACAGGAAGGGUGAGAAGAACGAGCUGAAGAAGAAGGAUGUGGACGCUCAAGAGGAGGAUGACAAGAAGGAGGUUAACCCCUCUGCGAAGCUGGGCGGCUAUUUGAACUUGAUCGCCGACUUCACCCACAAUAUCACCGACGGCCUCGCCAUGUCCGCCUCCUUUUACGCCUCUCCCACCAUCGGCGCAACCACCACCGUGGCCGUCUUCUUCCACGAGAUUCCCCACGAGGUCGGCGACUUUGCCCUGCUCGUCCAGUCCGGCUUUUCCAAGCGCCAGGCCAUGGGCGCCCAGUUCGUCACGGCCAUCGGCGCCAUGCUCGGCACUCUUAUUGGUAUCGCCGUGCAGGAAUUCGGUGGUAGCAGCGGCUCCAGCGAGGCGGCAAUGGGCAUGAAGGAGGGUAUUUGGGGAACCAGCUUAACCUGGGGCGACAUGCUUUUGCCGUUCACGGCAGGUACGUUCCUGUAUGUGGGCACGGUCGCGGUCAUUCCGGAGUUGUUGGAGACGGGCAAGGAUAAGGCCAAGGAGUUGAAGAAGACACUGGUGCAGUUCGCGGCUAUUGCGGUGGGGGCGGGGAUUAUGCUGUAUAUCUCGUGGCAUGAUUGAGGGCGCUGGGGAUAGACCAUUAAGGGUUUGUUCCUUUUGGUAGGGUUAAGUCAGGGGGUUGUCGUUAUGGGUCAGAUGUUUCGAGAACUGUCCACCAUUUGUCUUUAGAGAUAUGUGGGUAUGGUGUGCUUGUUAACGGUUAUCAACGGUCUGGAAAAGACUUGUCGGACAUGUUGAACUACAUGAAGCCCGCAGGGUCAAAGGCUUCGUAAUUACCUCUGGUAAUGGUAAUGGUAAUAGACAUUAUCACAAUCUCAACCCGGUGCUG